UCGACAGGUAAGUUUCAGGUGAAACCUGGAUGGACCCUAACACCACUCACUCCUGUACAAGUCUGAGCCCAUUUGCUGAGCCCAAAACCGCCGUGCGACACACUCGCGAUCGGUAUAAAAGGCCAGUCCAUUAAGAUCCGGCAGCUCUCGAAGCAAAAUGUCGGGGGUCUUUCUCAGGCGCCUCUGCACGAACACCUCCGGCGCAAGCGCGCGAAAAUGGAGCGUCGCCCAGGUCUUCAAGUCCAACUUUGCCGACUCCCUCGAAGGGUUGAGGGCCCACGUCUCCGGCUCCGACUACGUCGCCGUGUGGCUGCGGCGGACCGGCUCGCCCUCCGCCGCGUGGCACCGCGUCUCCCGCCUCGACACCUUGGAGGCCGCCUACUCCAAGGCCAAGCACGCCGCCGAGAAGUUCCAGGUCCUGCAGUUCGCAGUCUGCCCGUUCGAGGUCAGGGCAUCCAAGGUCGUCGCGCACCCAUAUAACUUUCACUUGUUUCCUAGAGAUGAGCUGGAUAUUAAGAGGCCGUCUUACAGCUUUACAUGUCAGUCGUCGCAUUUGGCUUCCAUGGUCGACGAAGGUUUUGACUUCAAUGCCUGCAUUUAUGACGGCAUCUCAUACUUAUCCAGAGAGCAAGAAGAUCUUGCUAAAGUUUGGAAGGGGAUUCCAGUACGUGGUAAAUAUCUGGAGAAAUCCUCUUCGAGCCCUUCUGUAGCAGAUGCAGUUUUUCUUGAGAGGAUCAGAUCUCGCAUUAAGCAAUGGAAAAAUUCAUUUGAGGAUUCAAGCACAAGGAACGAUGAACCUCUUAUAAAAUCAAUGAGGAAACUUAUCUUAGGGAGUGAAGAGUAUGGAUCAAGACCAUCCAUUACUAUAGAUGUUUGUAGCCAACGUCAAGUGCAGCUUGCACUUGAGGUUUUGGCGCAAUUCUCUGAAGAUCUUGUUCCUUUAAUUAUUCCAGCAAAGGGUGCUGGAGCCUGGGCGGUUCGUGUCUUAUUAACAAGUUCAAAAGAGGACAAGAAUCUUCUAGAGCAAGAGCUUCAAAAUCUUGAACAAGAACAAACAAAGGCAUUUCGAGGUUUCCGAGAGGUGAUCGAAUUGAUUUCUGCUGCUCAGAAACCUAUUGUUUCCCACAAUACUCUUAAUGAUUUUACAUCUAUCUAUCCAAUGUUCCUCGCUCCACUGCCUUCAAAUGUGGAUGAGUUCAUUUGCUCCUUACUCUCAGUUUUCCCCCAAGUAUUUGAUCUCAAUCAUCUGAUGAAGGAAAUUGCUCCUCUGGGGAAGACAACCAAUAUACCCACGGCACUUUCCUUCUUAAACAAUCGGUUUUUUGCACCCGUUGAUGUGGAAGUUUCACCAGUUGCUGGAAGUGAAGGCAAGAUUCAUGGGCUUAACGUUGUAAGGAUAUGUCAGUUGUUCGCGAAGCUGUGUUCCAUACUGAGAUCUGCUCCCGAGAGCAGCCAAUCUGAUAGUAGUCAUCAGGCUGGGACCCUGGAACGGUUUGCCAACAUCUACAGACCAUGGCCUUCUGCAGAUCCACUUGAUGAGUCUAUCAGCAUUUGGAGAAAUGAUACUAGAAGAGUAAACUGCAAGGAUGUUGUUUUUCUCUGGGGAUUUAAAAAAGGGAUGUCCACUAAAAUGCUGAAGAGCCGGCUCCAGGGGUCACACAAAGUCUUUUCCGAAAAUUUCGAUGUUCGCUUGGUAGAUAAGACCUGUGCUAUUGUCAUAUUCUGGCAACCGGGUUUAUCUGAAACUCUUUUGAGCAUAAUGAACAGUGGUGACAUUUCUGGACCAUUGUGGGACUUGGUGUCGGAAGGCUUAAAAGCUGCAGGAUAUGAGACAUACAUGAAAUUAUGUAGGCUGGGCUUAUUUGAGGCAGAUUUAGCUGAUGCCUUUGACUACAACUUUGUGAAUCACGAUGACUAUUCUGAAGAUCAUUCUAUGAGAAAGAAUUAUGAAAUACAUUCCAGUAGCGAGUCCAUGAUUUACUUGGAAGACUUGUGAUAGUUAUCUACUUCGCAUAUAGUAUUCCGCAAGAUGUCUCAUCCUAGGAAUUGCACCCAAGACUGUUGUUCCUUCAGGCCAUGACACAAUGUUCUGGCAACCUCUUGUAUCUAAAAGUUGGACGUGAUGUUUUAUACUCUGAAUUAAUAGAUGGUUAUUCCGCCAGACAAAGGUUCUGCACAUGAGGUUCACGAGAUCAUGUGCCAGCGCUACGAGAGGCUGAUUUUGCUGCUCCUGAAAAACUAUCAUGCCCCGGCAUUUCAAGUGGGCCACUCAAUAUUAAGGUGUGACUAGUUCGGUAUCAACUGCUUCCUUGCAACAUCAUUCGAAGACCUUUCUGUUUUAUCGGAAACUCUCAAUUAAUGGCCAUUUUCUUGGAGAUCCUACUUUCUGAGCAGCUGGCGUGGCUUAAUUUCACUCGGGGUUCUAACUUCUAGCUGAUGUAAUAAUAUAUGAUUAAUGCAUCUAUUUGUGUCC